CAGGACUUAGCUUGGUUUGGGGAACUAGAAACGUCAACUCAGACAGAGUGAAAUUAAAUACCAGUCAUACUCUGACUUAGACUGCCUUUACAGCACUGGGACAUCACCUUUGAAGUGAUCCCUGAUUUUGAGAAGAUACCCUUUCGUGUGGUGAAGACGCGCCACUUGCCAGAGAUAAAGGACAUACAUUGCAAUCAGUUCUUUACUUCUACAACUUUUGAAUGCAAUUUCGUUUGCAUAAGAUGUGUUCCACUGUGCGUCUAAUCCUUUUAUCCAUGUGCGUAAUGAACGCAGCACUCUCCACUCCGUUUGAAUCAGAGGAUGUUGUGCCCGUUCGGAUAAGAAUGAGCGGUCGCUUUUGGAAGAGAAGCGAGGAACGGCCGAGAUUUGUCAUCAGUGCAUUUGGCAAGGACAUGACUCUAGACCUCAUACCAGAUACCAGCUUUAUCCCUCCUUCCUUCACCAUACAGCGCAUCAAAGCCAGAGAUGUUGGCGCUUUACGCAGCGCUUCGCGUGCCAAACCUGUCCUGGACACAGAUCUCCCGAAGUUUGUAAGCCAGACAGAGGACAGUGGAGGGCAGCUGAGGAGCUGCUUUUACUCUGGGAACGUAGAUCGCGAUCAAAACUCCAUUGUGGCUGUCAGUUUGUGUUCCGGCAUCUUUGGCUCCUUCAUAACGGAGGGGAAAGAGUAUUUGAUUGAGCCCAAAGUUAGCGGCGGCCCAGGGCCAGACGCUGCCGAGCAGCUGCAUGUCAUCAGGAGGAGGACAUUCACCAAAAGCCACGGUGUUUCCCUCCUGUUUGAUCAUGCGGCGGAGGAGAGCCGAGCGGAGCAGCACAAUGGGGAAAGUUUUACGCAUGGCGACGGUGACGCACAGAGGGAACCUCGCCGGAGACGCUUUGUUUCCGCGCCACGGUUCAUAGAGACCCUGGUGGUAGCUGACUCAACCAUGACACACUUCUAUGGAGAUGAAAUACAGCACUACAUUCUGACCCUAAUGUCCAUGGCAGCCCAGCUUUACAAACACCCCAGCAUAAAGAACUCAGUUAACAUGGUGGUGGUGAAGAUGGUGGUUGUGGAGGACGAGGAGGUUGGCCCGGAGGUCUCCAGCAACGGAGGUGUGGCUCUGAGGAAUUUUUGCUCCUGGCAACAGCUCCUCAAUCCACCAAGCCAGAGACACCCAGAGCACUAUGAUACUGCCAUGCUGUUCACUAGAGAGGACAUCUGCGGACAGAAGAGCUGUGACACACUGGGUGUGGCCGAUGUCGGGACGAUGUGCGAUCCCAAGAGAAGCUGCUCAGUUAUUGAGGACAACGGCCUGCAAGCUGCCAUCACAGCUGCGCAUGAGCUUGGCCACGUGUUGAGUAUGCCUCAUGACGACUCCAAGACCUGUGAGAGGCUGUUUGGAGAUCUGGGAGGACAUCACCUGAUGGCUCCUCUGUUUGUCAGCCUCAACAAAACAGCACCUUGGUCUCCCUGCAGUGCCCUCUACAUCACCGAGUUCUUUGACAACGGACAUGGGGACUGCCUGCUGGAUGUCCCAGAGAGUAGCAUACCAUUACCAACAGAGCUUCCAGGCACCAAGUACAGCCUGGACCACCAAUGCCAGCAGAUUUUUGGAGAGGAGUUUAUCCACUGCCCCAACAUGUCAGACAGUGAUAACUGCAGCCAGCUUUGGUGUCAGGAGGAUGGGACACCACAGUGCACCACCAAGAACGGCAGCUUGCCCUGGGCUGAUGGUACCCCCUGUAGCCUCAACGGUACCUGUCUCCAUGGAGCCUGCAUGUCAACCCUUGAGGUGAUGCAGCCAUUGGUGGUUGUGGACGGCGGCUGGAGCUCGUGGGGACCAUGGCAGCAGUGCUCCAGAACAUGUGGAGGUGGGGUGGAGUUCUCCUACAGAGAGUGUACUGACCCUGUGCCUCAGAAUGGAGGGAAGUACUGUGAGGGACAGAGGGUCCAGUAUCAGUCCUGCAACACACAGCCCUGUGACAACAACAAAGGGAAGAGUUUCAGAGAGGAGCAGUGUGAAAAGUACAACAGCCCCUACUACCUGGACUACAACGGGAACAUGAAACAGUGGAUACCAAAGUAUGCUGGUGUUUCUCCCAGAGAUAGAUGUAAGCUGUUCUGCAGGGCCAGAGGCAGCAGUGAAUUUAAAGUCUUUGAAUCCAAGGUGAUUGAUGGGACGACCUGUGGCCCUGACACCACAUCGGUGUGUGUCCAAGGCCAGUGUGUGAAGGCAGGCUGUGAUCAGGUGAUUGGAUCCAACAGGAGAGUGGAUAAGUGUGGGGUGUGUGGAGGAAGUGGGCUCACCUGUAGAAAGAUCACAGGCUCCUAUAACAAAGCAACCUAUGGAUACAGUGACAUUGUCACAAUUCCCAUCGGCGCCACUAAUAUCGACAUCAAACAGCGGAGCCACAGAGGAAUCAAACAUGAUGGGAACUACCUGGCUAUAAAGAGAGAGAGUGCUGGUUACAUCCUCAACGGUAACUUUUCUGUAUCCACAGUAGAGCAGGACAUUCCUGUGCUGGGUGCUGUACUGAAGUACAGCGGCUCGUCCACCACAUUGGAGAGGAUCCAGAGCUUCAGGCAACUGAAGGAGACCAUCACCAUCCAACUCCUGGCCACUGCUUGGGAAGCCAACCCUCCUAAGGUCAAAUAUACUUUUUUCAUCCCUAGAGAUGUGACCUUCAAUAAAUCCAAGGAGAAGAAAGGCUCGUCACCAUCUUUGCAUAUGAUUCAUCUCUUCAGCGUUCCUGACUGGGUGCUGGGGGAGUGGUCUGAGUGUUCCAAGAGCUGCGGCUCUGGAUGGUCCAGAAGGAACGUUGAAUGCCGAGACAGUGCAGGUAUUCUCUCCAGCCAGUGUGACAAAGAGCUGAAGCCUGUAGACAUCAGGCCUUGCGGGGAUCUGCCAUGUCCGAUAUGGCAGUUGGGACCUUGGUCCACCUGCUCACGAACUUGUGGCCAGGGGGAGCGCCACCGCAGUGUCUUCUGCAUAGACUACACUGGGAAGACUGUUGAGCCAGAGAAGUGCGAUCCGAACAAAAUCCCAGAGCCAGUUUCCGGACAAUGUAUAAACCAAGAGUGCUUAUGAAGAACAUGAGUACAAUGAACUUUCCCAUUUUGGUCUGACUGAGCUUACCAACGAUGGAUCGAUUAUUGAACAGUCAUACUGGGCACAGGCCCAGGGGCCCAAGUGGUCAGAGAGGUCAAUGAGACACAAAAUGACCACAAAGAGACACAAAAUGACCACAAAGAGACA